AUGGCAGUUCCACAAAGAACAAGCAUGCUAGUUGAGCUUCAUCACUCAAAGCAAUUUUGCUUCUUUUUAAUUCUAGUAUUCUCUAGCACCAUAUCUACGAAUCAUGCAUGCAACCAAACUGAACGCAGCUCUCUCCUGUCCUUGGCUCUCAAUCUGUCUUCUCCUACUUUAAAUUGGAAUUCUGAUAAUUGUUGCUCUUGGGAAGGCAUCACUUGUAAAGAUGGCUGGGUAACCCAAUUGCUCUUACCCUCCAAAGGGCUCAAAGGAGGUGAGUUUCCCUUUUCCCUUGGUUCUCUCACACAUCUCACCCACCUCAAUCUCUCACACAACUCACUUUAUGGUUCACUUGAAAUCGGAUUCCUCUUGUCAUUGAAUCGCCUUGAAAUCCUUGAUUUGAGCUAUAACCUUCUUUCCGGAGAGCUUCCAUAUUCUCUACCAUCCAGUAGUAAUAUCCAUGUCGUGGAUUUGUCCAGCAAUCGCUUCCACAGUGCAAUCCCAUCUUCGUUCUUCCAACAUGCUUGGAACUUGACUAGUUUCAAUGUCAGCAACAAUACCUUCAUCGGAUUUAUCCCGUCCUCUAUUUGUCUUCAUUCUUCCCCCUUCAUUAGGGUACUAGAUUUUUCCUUGAAUAAAUUUAGUGGCAAAAUUUCUCCCGGACUAGAGGAAUGUUCCAAACUACUGGUUUUUCGUGCUGGUUACAAUAAUCUCUCUGGAGAACUUCCGAAUGAUAUCUAUAAUGCAACAACACUUCAAGAAAUAGCUUUACCGAUGAAUUCGCUUAACGGACCCGUUAGCGAUAGAAUUGUCAAUUUCACCAACCUUGCAGUCCUCGACCUCUACCAUAAUAACUUGAUUGGCAAGCUACCUAAAAAUACUGGGAAACUCUCCACACUAAAACUCAUGCUCCUUCAUUUCAACAAUCUAGAAGGUUCUCUGCCCCCAUCUUUGAUGAACUGCACAAGCCUUAUAGAACUGAAUCUGGGUUUCAACAACUUCGAAGGAGAAAUCUCCACCCUAAAUUUCUCCAAACUUAGUCAACUUAGUAAACUUGACCUAGGAAGUAAUUCCUUCAAUGGUCACUUGCCAAUAAGCCUUUACUCAAGCAAGUCCCUGAAAGCAAUUAGGCUAAGCUCCAACUAUCUAGAGGGGCAAAUACAACCUAAGAUUCGUUCAUUAAAAUCCUUGUCCUACCUUUCGCUUGGUGCCAAUGAACUGACCAAUGUCACAGGGGCAAUGAAGAUAUUAAUGGGUUCCAAGAGUCUUGCGACCCUCCUUCUUCCGUAUAGUUUUGUAGGUGAGGAAAUGCCCACUGAUGAAGACAUGGUUGGUUUCGACGGAUUCGAAAAUCUUCGAAUUUUAGCUUUGGGUGAUUAUGAUCUCACUGGUCAAAUACCUAUGUGGUUAUAUAAGCUCAAAAAGCUAGAGAUCUUGGACAUGCCUUUUAAUAGAAUCACAGGCUCAAUCCCUAGUUGGUUGGGAACUCUUCCAAGGCUCUUUUAUAUAAACUUUGACUCCAACCUAAUUUCUGGUGAAUUUCCAAAGGAGCUAUGCAAACUUCCCAUGUUGGUAUCUGAACAAGCUGCAGCUCAAGUAGACCAUAAUUUUCUUGAACUGCCUAUCUUCAUCCAACCUGAUGGUGCUCAAGCUUUACAAUACACCUAUUUGUCUUUCUUGCCGCCAUCGAUAUACCUACACAACAAUAGCAUCAGUGGCAGCAUACCUGUUGAGAUUGGUGGACUGCAGCUUCUUCAUGCGUUGGAUCUCAGCAACAACUUCUCCGGUGAAAUUCCAGACCAAAUAUCCAAUCUCAAAAAUAUGGAUACGUUGGAUCUCUCCGUGAAUCAUUUGUCUGGAAAAAUCCCAACAUCAUUGAGGAGUCUUAAUUUCUUGUCAUUUUUCAAUGUCUCCUACAAUAAUCUUGAAGGACCAAUACCAACAAGUACUCAGCUCCAAGGCUUCAAUGCCUCUGCAUUUGAGGGGAACCAGAAACUUUGUGGUGCCCACCUCCCAAAUGAAUGCCUGGGAACUAAUGGGAUUGAUGCAGGUAAUAAGAAUAAUCAAGAUGUGGACAAUGGGCAUGAAAAUGGGCAUGAAAUCCCAUGGUUUUAUAUUUCCCUUGCGCUUGGAUUUAUUGUGGGAUUUUGGGGAGUUUGUGGUCCUUUAAUGUUUAAGAAGAUAUGGAGAUACGCAUAUUUCCAAUUUCUAGACAAUGUACAAGACAGGCUCUAU